AUGCCCUGUUACUCAGCUAUAUUUCAGGGCUAUCUCAGGACAACCAUGUCUCUGAGAACCACUUGCCUCCAACUCAACAAUAACCCUAAAACCUUUUUAAAACCUUCUUUCUUCUCCUUUCACUCCAGGACUCAAUCACUGGGUUCUUUCCGGCGUUUGCAUUUGAGGCAUGACCUCGUCACCUGCUCCAGGCCUGGGACCGCUGCUGCUUCCUCCAGAAGUCUUGCCUUGGAUUGGAGGAACACUGCUUUGCCUUAUUUGCAACUGCAGCAAAUCUCUAAUUAUGGCCGCUAUGCUUACCAGGAUGUUUCCAGUGAUGACUCGGACCAUGAAUUCGGGUCUCCACAGCCUCAAAUGGGUGCUUCGACCCUUGACAAUAUUGAUGAAUGGAGAUGGAAAUUGACUAUGCUUCUGCGUAACAAAGAUGAGCAAGAGGUGGUAUCUAGGGAGAGAAAGGACAGGCGUGACUUUGAGCAACUUUCAGCUCUAGCAACUAGAAUGGGCUUACAUAGCCGUCAAUUUGCAAAAGUAGUUGUUUUUAGUAAACUUCCACUGCCAAAUUAUAGAUCUGAUCUUGAUGAUAAGCGCCCACAAAGAGAGGUAAUCUUACCUUUCGGCCUGCAAAGAGAUGUAGACCUUCACCUCAAAGCUUACCUUUCUCAUAAGGAUAUGAGCAGAGGUAGCUUUUCAGAUAAACCUUGGUCAAGAUCAUGUGCUGGUGGAAGAAUUGCUGCAGAUGAAGUACCUAUUGAGCAUCAAGAGUUCUUUACACAAAAUAGUGAUGUUAUGGAGAGAAUUCUUCGGCGGAGAAGUCUGCAACUACGUAAUAAGCAACAAGAAUGGCAGGAGUCCCCUGAAGGCCAAAAGAUGGUUGAAUUUCGUAGAAGCCUGCCUGCAUAUAAAGAGAGAGAUGCAUUGCUAAAUGCUAUCCAACAAAAUCAGGUGGUUGUUGUCUCUGGUGAAACUGGCUGUGGUAAAACUACACAAAUUCCUCAGUACAUAUUAGAAUCUGAGAUUGAAGCUGCUCGUGGAGCUUCCUGUAGUAUUAUAUGUACUCAGCCUAGAAGAAUAUCUGCUAUGGCUGUCUCCGAAAGAGUUGCUGCAGAAAAAGGGGAGAAAUUGGGAGAAUCUGUUGGUUAUAAAGUACGCCUUGAGGGAAUGAAAGGGAGAGACACCCGCCUUCUUUUUUGUACAACUGGCAUUUUACUUAGGCGACUACUUGUUGAUAGAGAUUUGAGAGGUGUAAGUCAUGUUAUUGUUGAUGAGAUUCAUGAACGUGGAAUGAAUGAAGAUUUUCUUCUUAUUGUGUUGAAAGAUCUCCUUCCUCGUAGGCCAGAGUUGAGGUUGAUUUUGAUGAGUGCAACCUUAAAUGCCGAGCUAUUUUCUUCUUACUUUGGUGGUGCCCCAACAAUCCAUAUUCCGGGUUUUACAUAUCCUGUCCGAGCGCAUUUCCUCGAGAAUAUUCUAGAGAUGACUGGGCACAGGUUAACUCCAUAUAAUCAAAUUGAUGAUUAUGGUGAAGAAAAGAUGUGGAAAAUGCAGAAACAGGCCCAAUCUCUUAAAAAGAGGAAGAGUCGGCUAACUUCUGCAGUUGAGGAUGUACUUGAAAUUGCUGACUUCAGGGGGUAUAGUUUGCGAACUCGGGAGUCUUUAUCCUUUUGGAAUCCCGACUCAAUUGGUUUCAAUCUCAUUGAGCAUGUUCUUUGCCACAUGGUAAAGAAAGAGAGGCCUGGUGCUGUUUUGGUUUUCAUGACUGGUUGGGAUGACAUCAACUCUCUAAAAGAUCAGCUCCAGGUUCAUCCUCUCCUAGGGGAUCCUAGCAAGGUGUUGUUGCUUGCAUGCCAUGGUUCCAUGCCUAGCUCUGAGCAGAGGUUAAUAUUUGAAAAGCCUGAAGUUGGAGUGAGGAAAAUAGUUCUAGCUACUAAUAUGGCCGAGACUAGUAUCACUAUCAAUGAUGUGGUUUUUGUGGUUGAUUGUGGAAAGGCUAAAGAAACAUCCUAUGAUGCACUAAAUAAUACUCCUUGUUUGCUUCCAUCUUGGAUAUCAAAGGCUGCUGCCCGGCAGAGAAGGGGACGAGCUGGUCGUGUUCAAUCUGGCGAGUGUUACCAUCUCUAUCCCAAAUGUGUUUAUGAUACUUUCGCUGAUUAUCAACUUCCAGAGCUUUUAAGGACACCAUUACAGUCUUUAUGUUUGCAAAUCAAAAGUCUAGAGCUUGGAGGUAUCACAGAGUUCCUGUCUAGGGCAUUGCAGCCUCCAGAACUUCUGUCGGUACAAAAUGCUGUUGAAUAUCUGAAGAUUAUUGGAGCUUUAGAUGAGAACGAGAACUUGACAGUGCUAGGACGCAACUUGUCAAUGCUUCCAGUUGAGCCUAAACUUGGAAAAAUGCUGGUUCUGGGGGCUAUUUUCAACUGUUUAGAUCCGAUAAUGACUGUUGUUGCUGGGCUCAGUGUCAGAGAUCCAUUCCUGAUGCCAUAUGACAAGAAGGAUCUUGCUGAAUCAGCAAAAGCCCAAUUCUCGGGCCAGGAGUACAGUGAUCAUAUUGCACUUGUCCGAGCCUAUGAGGGUUGGAAAGAAGCUGAAAGAGAGCAGUCUGGUUUUGAGUAUUGUUGGAAGAAUUUUCUAUCUGCACAAACUCUCAAGGCCAUUGACUCUCUAAGAAAGCAGUUCUUCUAUUUGCUCAAGGAUAGUGGUCUAGUUGAUCAAAAUAUAGAGAACCGCAAUAAAUGGAGCCAUGAUGAUAAUCUCAUCAGGGCAGUCAUUUGUGCUGGCUUGUUUCCAGGGAUAUGCUCUGUUGUGAACAAAGAGAAGUCAAUUGCACUGAAAACAAUGGAGGACGGUCAAGUUCUUCUGUACUCGAAUUCGGUGAAUGCUGGAGUUGCCAAAAUUCCAUACCCAUGGCUGGUUUUCAAUGAAAAGGUAAAAGUGAAUGCAGUAUUCCUCCGUGAUUCAACUUGUGUUUCUGAUUCCAUGCUGCUCUUAUUUGGAGGGAACAUUUCUAGAGGUGGACUAGAUGGACAUCUAAAAAUGUUGGGAGGAUAUUUGGAGUUCUUCAUGAAACCUGCUUUUGCUGAUACAUAUUUAAGCUUGAAAAGAGAGCUCGAGGAACUAAUUCAGAAGAAACUUUUGAACCCUGCAUCAGAUAUGGAAUCAAGCAAUGAGCUCCUCUCAGUAGUAAGAUUGCUGAUCUCAGAAGACCAAUGUGAAGGCAGAUUUGUCUUUGGUCGUCAGGUGCCAGCAUCGUCAAAGAAUACAACUAUAGUGAAAACACCAGCUAUAGGUGGGGUGGAUAAUUCUAAGAGUCAGCUGCAAACAGUGCUUGCCAGGGCUGGACAUGGAGCACCCAUCUACAAGACAAAACAGCUAAAGAACAACCAGUUCCAAUCCACUGUGAUCUUAAAUGGGCUGGAUUUUAUGGGGCAGCCUUGCAGCAGCAAGAAGCUUGCAGAAAAGGAUGCAGCUGCUCAAGCUCUGCUGUGGUUGAGGGGUGAAGACCAUUCAUCUUCCAGAGAGAUUGACCAUGCAUCAUUGCUUUUGAAAAAGAGCAAAAAAAGCAGGAGAACUUCAGUUAGUGAUACUAAGUGGAGUAUUAAGUGGAGUUAACUUGAUUCUAAUUAUUUAAGUGAUAAUGUGUCAUUGUUAUCAAUUUAUCACUGAAGUAGAAAGAUGAGACGCCUUUGUUGACAGUGACAGUCCUGAUGCACCAUUGUGUCAGAGUUCAUUCGUGCUACAUAUAGUAGGUGAAUUGGAAUUACUGAGCCUAUGACUUGCCGACUUUUUAAACCCUUGUUUUUCAAAUGGGGUGAAAGGUAAUACCCUUUAGAGGUAGAAACUGGGGUGAAAGAUCCUUCGGACACUGAAACUGGAGAUUUCACCUAUCUCAAAUUUAGGCCAGGAGAGUGGAAUUUUUGAAAAGGCUGUUACCUGUAUCGGCUCUCAUUUACCAAAAUUUACUGCUGUACAAGUUAGUGGCUGUUGGUAGGUAUCUCAGUGGGAUAGCCUAGGCUUUCUUUUCCAUGUGGUUCUUCCUCUCACAAUCUCUUCAGUUUUGGAGUUCAUUGUCAUUUGGAGCAGAUGUGUAAAGCUUGGUGAGGGUCCGCUGGGGGAUGCAUCUCCUUCUAACUCUGCCUGUAAUUGUUCCUCGUUAUUUUUAUCAACUUGAACUCCAUCCUGCGAUACUCUAUCUUCAUCUGGUUGACACAGAGAUUGAACCGUAUCUGAAGGUCUGCAUUCCCUUUUAUACUCCAUCGUGAUACUGAAAAGUUGGUAGCCCUCGAGAGAGAUUUCAGGGAUGGUCUGUGGGAGCAGUGAUAGAAAAUUUCAAAAUUAAGAUAUUAUCUUUUGUUUCUUUUAUUGAGGUUGGAACUUGAGUAUAGUUUGUAGGAUGUAUGUGGUUCACCUCAAGCAUCCAGUUCACGUACUUAACAUUAUUGACGUGGUGGUUCAUGUCCAAAUCAGUCCUCUUGGGCUGCAUAAGCAAAGUUACUGUAAUCAGAUACUUGUCUAUUGGGAUUCGAUUUGCAAAAAUUAAUACUGUCUGCAUGUACAGCUAUUAAUGGAAGUAUUUCAGCUAAUUGGAAGAGUGGUUAUUUAAGGAGGCUGCAUGCAUGAAGGAUGCAUUUUCUUCGCAGUUGCUGAUGUUAACAUGGAUGCAUAUAAAAUGCACAAUUACUAGCAGAUGAAGCAGGAACAUCAUGAAUUGGGUUCUGUAAAGGAAAAAAAAAAAAGGAGGAAAGGAUCCACCUUAAGUUUGCUGUUUUUGUAGUUCGCGGUAUUGUCUAAUUUUUUUAUAGUUCCCGGAGUUUCUUCUUCGAUUGCAUGCUUCUUAAUAAACCAAGGCGAGAUCUCAGCUCUAACUUCUUCUGGCAUUUUGGAGAGGCGUCUUGUUUGUUGGUUCAUCAUCACCCAGGUGCUGUCACAGUUUCAACUCCUAGGACAAGUUAAAACCUGUGAAAUCUUUAGAUAAAUAUUGAUGAUUAAUGAUCAAAUUUCUACCUUGUCGCACGGGCAUAUACUUGUCCGGUGACAUGACUUCGGAUAAGCCAGUCUCUUCGCAUUCCAUUUUUUCCUGAUGCUCCGACCCAUGUGUCAAUCUUGAGCACUUCGCCCCUUAAAAAACCCAGUUGAUCAGUUAUUUUAAUGCAUCAAAAUUGAGGGCCAGUUAUUGGUUUGGGUACUGAUGCAAAGGCCUCACCAGAUUGGAUACUGAUCAACUUGAAGCUGCAUCCUUGUUACCACCCAAAUGAGAUUAUGCCUAACCAUCCCAUGUGUGGCACCAAAUCCGUCACCAAGAAGCCCUGAAACCCAGACAUGAUUCAGCGCUGUUUCCUGCAAGUUCAUCACAAAACAUCCAACAACUUAGGCAUUUUUAC